AUGCGUAAGUCGGAUUCAGCCAUAUAUAAUGAGGUUGGGUUUGUUGCGCUGUAAAUGAUUGUCUGACGGACAGAAGAAAUUAGGCUAUUUUUAUAAUGUAGCUUUAAGGUGAAUCCACGGAAACACCACAGAUAUAUGUGUCAAAAUAGAUGACCAGCUAUGACACCUGAAUGAAGCCAUUACAGCAGCAUCCAGCUGUGCGCAUAUAGCCGUGAGGCAGGCUGGGCUGGGAACGCCCGGGUGGAAUCGUAUGUGGGAGGGAGGAUGGGAAAGGGAGGGAAAAUUAGGUAGGUGGAGUAGAGAGAGUAGUAGUGUAGUGUAGAAACCGCUUUCUCUCUCUUCAGUCUCCGGUCCACACAGUCUGCUCAUCAACCGAUGGAGUAGAGCUCCUCUUGACACGCAGAGAGCAGGUCACCAGGUUACUCCCCUAUGAUGCGCUGCCUGCUGUUACCGUGAGCGGUAUCAGCUGUAGCUAGCGCGGCAGAGCGGCAGGUCGCUUCCAGGGUCUCCCCAGCCUAAACGGCACUAUCUAUGGAUAGUUCGCCAAAGUGCGCUUCUUCAGAGGGCUGUUGGUGUCCGGUUUCCCUGAAUCUCUCUCUCUCUGUCACUCCCUGGCUGGCUCUCUCAGUGUUAUCGCGACCCACCGGGAGUUUGGAGACGACACAAUCACCACCCAACACGCGCUCGACCGGGGCCAGGCUGUGCGAGUCACGGAUCGCUCCCGAGCCGCCCUGCGCGCUCGCCCUCGCGCUCGCCCCUAUGGAGGGGGACGUGAUGGACAAGCUGGAGGACAUGGCCUCGGUGUACGAGUUCGACCCGAUCACCGGGAACAUCCCCGCCACUAAAGUAGAGCUCACCGUCUCCUGCAGGUGA